AUAGAUUUUUUUAUGUUUCUUGUCAGAUUAAAAACCCUUUGUCUUUAGAAACUGUUACACCUUUAUGUACAUUUUUUGUUUCUUUUUACCUCAUUCACAGCUCCUGUUUAACAGCCAGCUGUCUGAGGAGGAGGAUCUUUCUUUGAAAAGCCUCUCUCAAAGUUUUUGUCUAUCAUUUGUAUAAAAUGUUUUGCUCUUUUGAUUGUUUUCUUCUUACUUUUUCCUUGCCUAUUUAGUGAACAUUGACUGUUUUAGGAACCGUAAAUGUGAGCCUGUAAAACACACCGAGACAUACACCAGCCUGCUCAACAAAAAGCCUUUUUGAUUUGACCUUCUAUCUGAAUGUGCAGCCACUAACCUCACAAGAUCUGCCUUGUAUAUCUCUGAUCUAAUAAAACUAAUCUGUAUGUCACCAGUGAAGGUGUCUUGCAAAGUGCAGCUGAGAUGUGUGUGUGUGUUUGAUGCUGAUGUAGGUGUCACUGUAUGCCAAGCCCUCCAUAAACCCUUCUAUCUCUUUCUUUGAACGGCCAACUCUUCGUCGAAUCCAAACCCUCCGUCGGACCCGACACGUGUUCACCCGCCAACCUCCCCACCUGCCCGCUCAACCCCUCCACCCGCCCAUCAACGCCACACAAAUGCACGCAUUCACAAUACAUAUAUGGACAAACGCUGACAUGCACGACCACACAUUCACAAAUUCACACUCACUUGUGUGUCCAGAUACGUUGUAGUGUGUAUGUACUGAUUGGUGAAUGCAUGUACUGAACACACACCAGCACAUCAGAGCAUACAUCUGUAAGCCGCACACACACAUACACACACACAUACAGACACAGACGUCACAGUCCUCAGUUGGGGCUUACUCUAUUGGCUGGUCUUAACUGCUUUGUAGUAUUUUUAGGCCUGUUAUUCUGGGGCCUGUCCUGGCAGGCCACCGGGAGAGUAUAUAAGCCUCCCCCUGCAACUGGGGACCACUGAGAACACACAGUGGAAACAUCUCUGCCCGACACACCAAACAUCCAGCAGGCAUUUUAAAUCCUCUCAGGGACGCCAUGCUUCCAGCAUAAUGUCAGCUGAGGUUGCGAUUCAGAAAUUCUCCUUCCCCUUCUCCUGCACUGCACUCCAUCCUCAGCAAGAUGAGGUGACCCCGAAGAAAUGCAUACAAGUGAAGACCCUGGAGCUUCAUGAUCUUCAGGAGAACACUAUCUUAAGCAAACCGAGUGCUGUUACAGUUAUAGGAGCUUUAGUCCAUAAUGAGAAUCAGGCUCAGGAGAAUCUAAAGCCUCCACCUGGGGGAGACAUGGCAUCUCCCCAGGUCCUGGUUUGCAGUGAGGCCUCCCAGAGUGCUGUGCUCUCCAGGAGGAGCGUGUUUGAGAACCUGAUGGUGGAAAGCGAAGAUCAGCGUCCUGCGACGAAGAGGCAGCUGUCCUCCGAGAGCGCGGCAAGGACCAUCACUGUGGUGAAAAAGAGCGCGGUGAGGAAGGAGGCCGAGGAACUGAGGCACCUGAAACCGAAAGCACACCUGGGACAGAGGGUGGCGCUGCGCACUGCGGCAGCAGGGAAGAGGAGGCGUCGAAAAGACCUCUUCACCAACUCAGAGGUUUUCCACAGGGUUGAUUCACAUGUCAUCAUGGCUGGAGCAGAGCUGAAGGAAAAGUGUGUGUAUGAUGUGAAGACAAUAGUGCAGAGUAUCACACAGGGAGCCAGAAAUGAGCUGGAGAGACUUCGUGCCAUCUGGGUCUGGCUCUGUCACAACAUUGAGUAUGAUGUAAGCGGGUACCUGGGCCACUCGGAGAAGCUGAGCUCCCCGGAGGAGGUGAUAGCGGCUGGUCGGGGAGUUUGCUGUGGCUACUCCAGCCUGUGUACUGAAAUGUGCAGAGAGGUUGGCAUCGAGUGUCAAGAAGUGCCAGGCCACAGUAAGGGCAUCGGGUACCGUCAGGGCCAGAGCCUCAAGAAUGUGAAAUCUGAUCACCUGUGGAACGCUGUGCUUCUGGGAGGACAGUGGUUCCUAUUGGAUGCCUGUUGGGGAGCAGGACGAGUAGACAUGGAACACGAAAGCUUCGUCAAAAGGUUCGAUGAUUUCUAUUUCCUCACGGACCCGGAGGAGUUCAUCGAUUCACACUUCCCUGAUGAGGAGAAAUGGCAGCUCCUGGACACGCCCAUCCCCCUGGAGGAGUUCGAGAGGAGGGUCUUCAAGACCUCGGCCUUCUUCGCCAUAGGGCUCAGACUGAUUCAGCCUCAUCACUUCCACAUUGUCACAGAUGAUGGUGAGGCAAACAUGUCCCUUGGCUUCUCCAGGCCUGUAACUUUUACCUAUGAGAUCACACAGCAUCAAGAUCUCCUCCACUGUGGAGCCUCAGAGCAGAAAGAGUCCAACAACUCCUCAUUCGGACUCCUAACAGUCAACCACAGGAGCAUGAACCUGCAGCUGCUGCCACCUGCAACUGGCACGUACGACGUGAAGGUGUUUGCCAGACCUGAAACGGCCACCACUGCUCUGAUUUGGGUCUGCUCCUUCACAGUGGAGUGUCCGACACCAAGAGCCAUGGAGGAGAUCCCAGAGAACCCCUUCCUGUCCUGGGGCCUGCAGCCUAGUGCAGGAUCUCUGGGCGUCGCAGGCAGCAGUCAGGGCAGUGAGGUUGCCGAGGUGGAAGAAGGCAUCUUUGAGUUGUCAUUGAAGACAUCCAGGCCCCUUAUGGUGCUUUGUGAACUUGUCCACCCAGAACUGGAAGCUACUGUAGCCAAGCGCUGCCUGGCUACUCAGAUUCAACCAAACCUCCUGACCUGCCACGUCCUCUGCCCAUUACGAGGUUUCUACCGCCUGUCAGUGUUUGUGCGGGACUAUGAGAAAACAGAAGUUAAAUUCAACAAUGCUGCAAACUUCUUGCUGCACUGCAAAGGGAAGGUGAUCGGUCCAGAUGAGCUGUUCCCUCCUAACCUGGGCUCAGCAUGUGGGCCGGGGACCCGAACAUUGGAGGCCGGGCUGUCCAAAUUCAGCCAUACGGCGGCACUGGUGAGUACGCAGCAAGGCAAGUGUAACAUCACCUUCCACAACCAGCAGGACCUUGAGCUUCACACUGUGAUCAGCAGAGAGGAGAACAAAACAGAAGCUAUCCCGCUUUCACGCCACCUCUUCUGCACGUACACAGACAGCAAGGUGACAGUGAGCGUCAGCCUACCUGAUGCUGGGGUGUAUCGGCUGGGCCUGUACGCCAAGAUCACCCCUGGUGGCGAUUUCAACCCCAUGUGUGACUUUGUUCUGAGGAACAGCAGCAAUCAGCCGGGACCUCCGUUCCCCUGCGUCUACUCAGCUUGGAGGAAAGGCUGUGUGCUCUUUGAGCCCCGCGUGGGCCUGCUGGAGCCCCUCUCCUGGGUCCGCUUCAGGGUGAGGAUCCCUGGGGCCCAGAAGGUGAGCGUGGUGGGAGAAACGCGAACUGAUAUGAAAAUGAAUAAGAGCAGAGUCUGGGAGGGGGAGGUUUUCAGCGGGAACGGUCUCCAACAACUUAAAUUGGCCGCCUCAUUUGGGGAAUCCAGUGACAUGGCUGUUUUGAUGACCUUUGACAUCAAGCAGUCGGAGAGAGAAGUAUGAAAUCAAAAGGCUGGCAAAAACCAGAUGGAUAGUUUUCUGAAAACAACUAAUAACUGCUAACGAAGGGAUUAAUUUGGUCUGAUGCAAAUCAGACUGUACAAAUAAUUCAAACUGUGAGCCAUAACCUUUCAGGUUUAACUGCAUCAAUGUAAUACAGAUGAAGCCAGUUUAGUGCCAGUAAUAGAGUAUGAGAAUUUAAUUUUAAAUAAUGUUUCUGUGAAUAAACUGUUGCAAUAUGUAUACAAUACAAAACUCACCUGGCAGUUUCUUUGUAUUAUUUGAAAGCUAUUUUUUGAUCCAGGUAGUGAUUCAGUACAAUUUUUUUUUUUUUUUCAAGAUUCACAACGGUGCUCAGCUGUGGUGCUCAGCCAUGUCAUCAUACUUUCAUGAGUGCAUUUGUGCAUAAAUACUGUGUUGAGAAAAUGUAAAUCUGCAUUAUGAAAUGAUGUUUGUAAAAAAAAGAUGUGAAAUAAAA